AAUUUAGAAAGUACCAUUUGGAAAAGGGUGUAGCAAAAUUUAUCGCCAUUGCGCUAUCUACCCUUGAUUUGGCACACAGUACCAAACUGCCCAUUUAGCAAAAGAAAGGACGAACUUAAAGAAAAUUUGAGUAGCUCAGGAUCGAAGCAAAAAUCUCUGCAACUAACAUUUCCUUCAAUGGCGUUCUCUGGCUCUCGCGAUGCAUGCCCCAUGGUUAAGAAUAUUCUAUUGCUGGACUCUGAAGGGAAGCGUGUAGCUGUCAAGUACUACUCAGAUGACUGGCCAACUAAUACCGCAAAGUUAGCUUUUGAAAAAUCUUUGUUUGCAAAGACUAUGAAGUCAAAUGCCCGGACAGAAGCGGAGAUCACAAUGUUCGACAACUAUAUUGUUGUCUAUAAAUUUAUCCAAGACCUCCACUUCUUUGUGAGUGGAGGUGAUGAUGAAAAUGAACUCAUCUUAGCUUCUGUUCUUCAAGGCUUCUUUGAUUCAGUUUCCCUUCUCUUGAGAGGCACUGUUGACAAGAGGGAAGCACUUGAAAAUUUGGAUCUCAUAUUCUUGUGCCUUGAUGAGAUUGUUGAAAAAGGGAUGAUACUCGAAACAGAUGCUAAUGUAAUUGCAGGUAAGGUGGCAAUAAAUAGCAUGGAUCCUGGUGCACCUUUGUCGGAACAGACAAUAAGCCAAGCAUUGGCCACAGCUCGUGAACACUUGACAAGAACCCUCUUCCAAUGAAAAGCUCCCAGCAGAUGCGGAGAGAAAAUGGCAUCCAUUUCAUUCUUUUGGUCAAUUGCUUGUUCUAUCUAUUGGCGUGUAGCAGCAGUUCCUCCCAUAUAUGUUUUUUUUUGUUGUGCGUAACAGUAGUGAGGACCAUUCCGUUUUGGCUUUGGCUUGUUAUGAGUACGAUUACUGUUUAUUUUAAUGAUUACUUACUGUUUCGGCUUUCCUUGA